CAACCUCGUUGCUUCGUGUGAAAAACCUGCUCCUACUCUAUCUUGUAAACCAGUCCUCGGUCGUAAAUAAGUCCAGGUUAACCCUUUAGUCUUUACCUCGGUCACCCUACGCGGUGUCUUCGGAAGCACCAUGACGUCCAAUUCUACGAAAAAGUUUAUAAAUUUACCAGAAAAGUGUGUCGAUGAUGCGUUAGAAGGGUUUGUGCAGUCGCAUAAUAAUGUUAUGCUCGUGGAAAACCACCGGGUUGUCGUGAGACAAGACGUUGCCAACUUGAGUAAGGCUGGGAAAGUAACGUUACUCGGAGGAGGUGGUGCAGGCCAUGAACCAGCGUUUGCAGGUUUCGUUGGCGUUGGUAUGUUGACGGCUGCCAUCUCUGGGGCUGUAUUUGCAUCACCUCCACCUAGUAGCAUUCUAGCAGCCUUGCGGGCAAUUUCUUCACCUGCCGGAAUGCUGAUGAUCGUGUUGAACUACACCGGCGAUCGCCUGAACUUCGGCAUCGCGGCCGAGCGCGCCAAGGCGGAGGGCAUGCGCGUUGACAUGCUGUUCGUCGGGGACGACUGCGCGCUGACGAGCGGAGACAAGAGCGCGGGAAGACGGGGCCUGUGCGGCAUGAUCCUCGCUCAGAAGAUGGCAGGUGCUUUGGCGGAGAUGGGCAAGUCAUUAGAAGAGGUAAAGGCUACAGUGACAGCUGCAGUGAAGAACAUGGGAACAAUAGGGUUGAGCCUCUCGCCUUGCAGUGUUCCAGGACAUGGACCAACAUUUACCAUAGGCGAAGAUGAAAUGGAAUUGGGAUUAGGUAUUCACGGUGAAGCAGGUGUUCGAAGGAUGAAGCUCUUGCCAGCAGCAGAGACUGUUUCAGUCAUGUUGGACCAUAUGCUAGACCAGAAAUCAGCCACUUGUUUUCCAUUAAAAUCAGGGGAUGCUGUAGCGCUAGCAGUGAACAAUCUUGGAGGAACGUCCGUGUUAGAGUUGAAUAUAGUCACCAUGGAGGCCCUCAGAUAUCUCGAGAAGAAGGGCGCGGCGGUGGAGCAGGUCUACGCCGGAUCGCUGAUCACCUCGCUCGAGAUGGCCGGAUUCUCGCUGACCCUGCUGCUGCUUGACGACGUCCGCAGAUCCUGCCUGAACCAGGUUACUGAAGCUCCGGCGUGGCCUCACGUAUUCUGGAACGUUCCGCGCAACAAUAAUCUUCCCAAGCUGAGAGAGCCACAGAGCAUCGCGGCUGCCCAAACAGCCGAGCAGUCUAACGCAAAGCUUACCCCUGAUGGUCGGGAUGCCCUGCAGAGGGCGGUGCGGAGCGCAUGCGAGGCCCUCAUUGCUCGUCAUGACCAUCUGAACGCGCUGGAUGAGGGAUGCGGCGACGGAGACUGCGGCAGCACCAUAACCAGAGGAGCUAAAGGUGUGCGCUUGCUGGAGGGGGGUUCGAGCACGAUGUCAUUGUAGCUUCAGUACUGUCGU